AUACUGCCUCUGGGGAUGCAGCCCUCUGAACCCUGUUGUCCAAAUUGGCCAAAACAAGGCCAAUCCUGCUCCUCAUUACUGACUCCCUUAACAUCUGCAGGAUGCCCUGAAAACCUGAACUUCAGUUCUCGUUUUUGGAUGGAGUGAGCCUGGAAAAGAAAGGGAGCUUCUGUCCCUGGGGUCUGACCUCUGCGAGGGGUUCCCUCAGCCACUUGGGGCCUGCAGCUGAGGCUUGGCUACACGAGUUGCAGGCAGUUCCUCAAUGCCCAGCUGUAAUUACUUCUUUUCUUCAAGGAAGCCAUGAUUAAGAGCUCUUUGGUGUGGACAGCUGCCAGUGGCACCUUCAGUGGGAUGAAUUCUCUGCUGGUGAAGGCAAAAGCCCAGGCCUUCCUCUCCAAACUCUAACUAAGACAUGAGGUUUUCCUUCCUCGCUGCGCAACAACAAAUCCUGACAGAAGGACAUUGAUCCCAGCUGGGCUGACACCACAGGUUACGUGGGACUGCCCCAAGGAAGGAGAAGCAAGCAAAAAGGCCCACGGUCCUGUUCUGCUGGGUGGCAGCAGGCCUUGGUUGGGCUCUGUGAUGAUCUCCUCAGGUGCACCACCAGCAGAGCAUGCAGACUCCCCGGGCUUCACUCUAUAUGUUUGCAUCCUAUGAUAAACCACUGUUUGGUUUGGAGUUUGCUUUUGCUUUCAACAGAAAUGCUGUUUACACAGUUGCAGUUUUCAUCAUCUGCACUUUUUUUUUUUCCUGCAACAGCAGUAAUGUCACCUCCCUCCCACUCCUCUGGGCACUUCUGACACAUCCGUCAAAUGCCCACAGCACGUUUGUCACAAAAUGCCUUUUGACAGGAAUGGCAGCUCACGGCCCACAGCUACAAAGGAUGUUACGAAGAACAGCAUGAGGACAGUACAUGGGGCAAAUGCUGAGGUAAUGCCUUUCUUUGUAAUGUGCCUUCUGGCUGAGGGUAUGUAACCACCUGUGGAGGUGACCACGCUGCUGGGAUGAGCACACCUGAGGGCCAGGAAGAGGCCAGCUGGAAGCAUUGCUGCCUUUUGGUGUUAACAACUGCAGCUCGUACAGUAUUGUGAGCAACACAUGUGCAAAGGUGCACGUCCUUUCUCUCUGGAGCUCCUAGAGUAACGAAUUGCAAUGGGAGACCCACUCCCCGGCGUGCUGGGAUGCACUCAGGUGUGCAGAAGGUCAGCUCCAUACCCACUGCUGCUGCACUCCCCUGGGUGAAAACCCCAAGGUGCCCCUGAGGUGCCCUGCAGCAGGCUCAUCGCUGUCAAAAACAGCCUGGCUCUGCAUGACAGGGAGUGAUAUUUUCUCCUGUGGUGUCAGCCAAACCUCGGCUUCACCCGUGUCAGGUUCGCGAUGAAAGAUGCUCUCCUCCUUCUCCUCCUCCUCCUCCUCAGGACUGACUCUUUGAAAACCAGAGCUGGCUUUCAAAUGCUGGCAGUUAAAAGAGAGAACAACACGCCUGCCCAUGAAAGCUAACCGUCCUGAAUGAGCUCAUGGGAAAAUCUGAUCUAACCUGCCUGUCUGAACAGUAUUUAUCAGCACUGCUACCCGAGGAUUAGGCAGCCCAGCCUGGCUGCUCCGAGGAAAGUCAGCGAAAGCAGAUGUUUGAAAUAUAAACUUUCCAAUGUAGCAUUUUUUUUAAAAAGUCACGCUUUUUUUUUUUUUUUUUUUUUUUUGGCAAAGCCUCUAGAGAAACAAGCAGUACUUCAAAAUGCUGCUGCCUCCAUUUGUUUAAACAUUUCAGGAUGCUGAUGUCAUGUCCCUGCCCCCUACCCCAACCUCAGCAAAUAUGAAGACUUCUGAGCUGCGGGGAAGAACAGGACCAGUGCCUUGCCUGGUGUAAAUCCCUACAGUAGCACCGAUGUCAGGGGAGCUGAGUUACAUAGGCUCGCGUGCUUGAACUGCGAGGGCAAGCUGACUCGCGUGCAGGCUUGGGGACUGUAGCCCUGAUCCCAGUGCUCUGCACAUCCAGCCCUCCAACGUGCCCAGCCUGGCACUAGUGUCUGCUGCUUGUGCUCCACCUGCUGCGCACAAGGUGGGGGUUUUCAGCCAGGUCUGGCCAAAAUACAGCUGUCAUUCCCCUCCUGGGUUGUGAGCAGUUCAAACAGUGCAUCCCUGGGCUAUAGGCUUCAGGUGGCCUCUUUAGGCACAGGGCUUGGAAGAUGAUGGGAGGCAGCUGGGGGAUGAAGGUCUGCCUCAGAGCUGCCUGCCAGCUGAGCCCAAGAGGUGGGACUGCUGGGACCCUCCUGGUUUCCUUCUUCAUGGUGGUAGUGAUCCUCAUGCCCUGGGCUCCCUCAGGUGCUGAAAGAUCAGGACCAGAGGUUUCCCUGCGCUCUUCCCAGCCUUUCUGCGAAGUGGUGGAAGGCAGCCGCGGGGUGCCGUGGCCUGACCUCCCUGCCAGGCCGGUGGUGCCUCCCUGCGUCGUGCCGGCCACCAUGGAGACACUGUCCCAGGACUCGCUGCUGGAGUGCCAGAUUUGCUUCAACUACUACAGCCCACGCCGGCGGCCCAAGCUGCUGGACUGCAAGCACACGUGCUGCUCGGUGUGCCUGCAGCAGAUGAGGACCAGCCAGAAGGACCUGCGGUGUCCCUGGUGCCGCGGCAUCACCAAGCUGCCGCCGGGCUACUCCGUGUCACAGCUGCCUGAUGACCCUGAGGUGAUCGCCGUCAUCGCCAUCCCCCAUGCCUCCGAGCACACCCCUGUCUUCAUCAAACUCCCCAGCAACGGGUGCUACAUGCUGCCCCUUCCUCUCUCCAAGGAGAGGGCCCUGCUGCCGGGAGACAUCGGCUGCCGCCUCCUGCCUGGCAGCCAGCAGAAGUCCCUGGCGGUGGUGACGAUCCCGGCGGAGCAGCAGCCGCUGCAGGGCGGCCUCCCCGCUGAGGUGGGCACGGAGGAGCCCGACCGCAGAGGUGUGGUGAAGAGCUCCACCUGGUCAGGGGUUUGCACUGUGAUCCUGGUGGCCUGCGUCUUGGUCUUUCUCCUGGGCAUCGUCCUCCACAACAUGUCAUGCAUUUCCAAGCGCUUCACGGUGAUCUCGUGCGGCUGAGGCGUUGUGGAGGAAGCCCCUGGGGUGCCCACCCAGGGGUUAGGGUGGUGGUGGUGGUGGGAUCGAGCAAGACAAUUCACUGCAACUUUGGCCGAUGGCUGCAGGACGCUUUGCUCCGAGAUGGCGGUGCGCCGGCCUGGCCCCAGCCCUUGGCGGCCUGCGGAGAAAACCAUGUCCCCUGUCUGAUGGUAACAGCGCUGAGAAGGACUGCAUGCGUCACCAUAAUCAUUUAUCAAAGGGACUGUAAUUUACGGUGAUUUUUAUUGUGUUAUGAGAUUAAAGACAUCUACAUAGCGGGUUAUACUGUAAAGUAUGUGGUAAGAGCUCUUCUCUAACCACAGUAGAUCAAAAUCAAAACUGCUCCAUGUAGAAUUAAAGGAGAACUGGUGUGUGACUCAGUGAAAGGUGUUUGAUACCAACCCACAUGUGUUAUUUUUUAAUUGAGGGAGGGAAGGGGGAGACUUGUAAAACUGAGAAAUCAUUUAGCUGGCAAGGCAUUUUAUAUGUUUUAAACUGCACAUUAAUUAAACUAAGUUAGGAAGUUGUAUAAUAGUUUUUAAAAGGAAACAUUUUACAAGCAGUUUUUUGGUUCUGCGGUGUGUGUUUUUUGCCUUUCUGUUUCUCUUUGCUUUUCGCCAUUGUUUUCAGCUGUAAAGAAGUGGCGCUUCAAGAAUCUUCUAUGUGAAAGAGCUUCCGAGCAGGACAGCAAAGUGAGCUAGGAGGAAUACCUGACAAUGCAGCCAAAACAUUUCUGCCUAACCAGCUUCACGUGAAGGAUGGCUUUGAACGGUGAAUGUUGGACACGCUGUUUUACCUCUGAUCUGGCAACAGGGCUUCCUGCAGACCUGGCCUUCAUAGCCAUUAGUGAAGAAAUGGGUCAUGAGAAGUCCUAGGACUCCUUCCUGCAAGGGCAUGAUAGCAAAUUGCCCUUCAUUUUCUUUUUCCAGAGGUUGGGUUCUCUUAAUUUUUUAGAAGAAUUUAGACCUAUUUUGCCUCCCUCUCUCCUAGGAGAUACAGCUUGUGCACCCAUGGGUGCUGUAGAAGAGGGGUUGCUCUAAGGAGAAGCCUCAGUAUCCCAACAGACGGAGGACCCUUUUGUGCAAUUAUUUAAUAAGAGCCAGUGACAGAGCUGGGAGAAGAAUACAGGAUAACCCAACCCUCUUCUGGGUUGCACUGCACCUCCUAAAUCACUGUGGAUGUCCUAGUGCCAAAAUGUUUGGGUGAGCAUGAUGGACCUUUCCCCACAUUUCAUAUAAAUGUUGGUGUUCAUUAGGACAGACUUGGGAGGAAACAAAACAAAAAGAAAAAGCACAGGUAAUAUCCCCCUCCACCUAUGAAUGUCCUAAAACCCCAGUCAUUUGCAGUUCUCUGCUCAGAAAGAGCCAAAUUCCUGAACCUGCAUUUCAGCAGCACCUUGCUCGAUAAAGCAGUCCCACUAGCUUUAGUAAUACUGUUUGUAAGUUAAGUAGAACUCUGUGAAUUUGGGUAUUUGGCAAGUCUGAAAGCUGAAAUUUGUUUGAGAUUUAAGGAUCAGAUCAAGGGGCACGUGGCGGAAAGACCUUUAAUAAGGCAGAAAAAGCUAUUGAUUUGCACUGGUUCUUUUUGCAAGUACAAAGUGUGAGCAAUUGCCUAAGCAUAACCUCCCUGUAGAGUGAACUCUUGUCCUCCACCUAGUGCUCUUUCUAGUAAUUAAUUAGAAAUUGCUCAAUGCUGUAUUGUAACACUGGAGAACAUAAUUUUGUCUAUACAGUGCCCAAGUUGGCCUUGUAGAUGGUGUUGGCUUUCUGAUGUUGUCACAAAAUCCAGUAUCUGGUUCACAAUAAACAUUCUCAACUAGAACUUCUGUCAGCAUACCUCUGACUUAGUGCUGGAUUUCUUCCCCUCCUGGUUCACAACCCACCCUUUUCUUCCUCGAUUUCUGUUAACUGCAGAAUAGCAUAAACAUAUGGUGCUUAAUUGUUAUGGUGUAUGUAGGGUCAUGUAUGGAGAGGAACGAUUGUGCUGAAUUUUAUCUACUGUCAUAUGUAUUCAUAGCACAGAAAAAAACCAUAAUCCUCAGAUAACACAUUCAAUGCCUUUUUCAUGUAGGUCCAAGUGCACUAUGCCUUGAACCUGACUUAUAGUGUUGUAAUACAUUGACACCUCUCAGCUGCACAUCUUAUUUGGUUGCAGUAGGGAACAACAGGAAUUCCAAAAUGUGUCUUGUAAACGUGUUAGUCCUGUCACCAGUAGGUAGCCAGAUUUCUACUGACAUCCACGCUAUGCUGCUUGGUACGUAAAGGAAAGCCAGUUCACCAAAAAAUCUUGCCUUUAUAGACUCUUAAGGAAGUGACCAGACACAGGACUUGACCCUCUUCUGCCUUAUUCCCUGUAGCAAGUGAUGCUUAUACCAGGAGUAUAUAGCAUAGCUGGAAGAUGCUCCGAGAACAGCGCGGAAGCAUUUUGCACCAACUUCUGCAUUUAUUUGUCUGAGUUGUCGAUGGCUGCACAAAAACACGAGGCAGUCAAAGAGCAGGUCUGGGAGGUGACAGUGUUAAGGCUGGCCUCGUGCUGGCCGUACCUGCCCAACUGGAGCUCUUGAGGCCAAGGUUUCUCUGGCGUUGCAGAGAAUGGUUGUCUUGAAAACUGCCUCUCUUCAUCCCUACGUGGGGAGCGCGGUAUGAAGGAACAAUCAGAAAUUAGGUUAAAAUACCAUGCUGCAUAACACAUUAUGCAACAGGCAGACGUGGGGUUUAUCCAGUAUUAAUGGAGUAAGUAUUAUAUUAGCAGAAUACCAUCCUGUAUUACGUGAUGCAGUACGUUGUUUUGUUAAUACGAAUUUCCUGUACUUUUUGUGCCUGCUGAAAUGCAUGUUUGACCUAAUUUCUGAUCCAGACAUUUGCCUGCUCACAGCCCUGUGUAAAAGCAAUAAGUAAAACCUCAAGAUUUUUGUCUGCGUGCGUGUGCGGUGUGUACAUUAAUUCCUUUUUCAAAAGAAAUUCUGGAGAUGUUUUUUGUUCUGGCUUUAGACUGUGACUAUCAUUAUAAAUUUGCAACUGCCAUAUCAUGUUGGAUCACCUGGCACAUUUGCUGACUUGUAUACAAGUGAACUGAGUAGUUUGUUGUAAUGUACAGUGUUAAAAUGUUUCUCAAGUAUGUUGAUAGUCAUACUACUUCAAAAAUGCAGUGCAGUCUAUCCCAUUCCAUGGUCCAGUACCUGUCAUUGAAAAGUGAUACUGCUAUAUACACAUCUAUUUUUUAUUUUUUUUUAAACACACAUUUCUUUGUAGGUUUUCUCCGUGGAGACAUUUGGACCUGUCUAAAGCCCAGGUUCUGGGCUACUUUUUGUUCCCUGGUGUCCAGUAAGAAGUCAGUCACUGCUCAGUUCCAACAAAAA